AUGCGUCUUCUUCCGAAUGGACAUUCACUUUACAUCCCGUUGUACUGGAUGAGUCGCCAUUCUUCAACGUUAGCGAGUAGAUCGUCUCAUAUAACUAAUAGUGGUUUCCUGCCAUCACAAGAGCAACAACAAAAUACCUUUUCCUCAAUAUCCAGCUCCCUUUCAUCAUCAGAUACUACAAAGAGACUGCGAUGUAAUAGAUCCGAAGUAGCUAUUAUUCCUAUCAGCGCAUCCCAGACACGUGGUUGUGGGAUUCGUUCUUGUGAUAGUAGUGAAGGAAUGGAAAAGAAAGAAGAAAGACGUCUAAACAAGGUGCUAAAAAACUGUAUAAAAACCCCUUGCAUAAAAAUGUACGAAAAUCUUCUAGUCUCUAGUACUGAACUUUACAAAGCUUCUCCUUCACAUCAUUGGUCAUUACAUAGUCUUGUACUCGUAAACUACGGUGUACAAUGUUUGGUAGAUCAAAAAAUAACCAAAGCAAUUGAAUAUUUACGUCAGGCUAUUGAAAUAAUAUUUUCUUUUGAAGGAGAAACACCUGUAUUACAUUUACGUAUAAUUCUUGCCAAUGCCUUGGCAUGUGAAGGACACUGCUUUGAUGCUUUAUGUGAAUAUGAAAGAACACUGUCAGUGAUGCGGGAUUAUCCAGUAGAAUCUUCUCUAAACCAAAUUGUUUCAGGAAAAGAGAGUCAUAUACCUCUCAGUCGAAGCUAUGUAUCAGAAGAUUUUGAUCGAUUUCUCGCUAACGAAAAAGUAGUGAUGCAAACCCUUAAACAAGGAGAAGAAAAACUAAACUCUUGUAAAAGUAACACAGAAAAAGUUCGUAUAGCCUUGAUAAUGGCUCGUCUUCAGCGCCGACUUGGUGAUAAGGAUAAAAGUCUUUCACUCUAUACAUUAGCUUUACGAACGCUGUUAGAUGCUCCUGAUGUUGAUAUGGAAAUUCGAGUAAUGCACGAAAUUGGACUUUUGCUUUGUUUUGAAGCCUUUGAUAUUUCACGAGGGAUGCCAUACCUACAAGGUGCAGCGGAAAUGUCACUCGAUAGAGCACAGAGAGAUUUAGAAGAAAUGCGAUCUUGUACUAGAGUUUCACCUCAAGAAAAAGUUACUUUACAGGAAGGAAUACUUCGAAUUCGUUAUUUAAUUUUUGCUCUUUUAGAUACCGCAGUUUGUCUUGCGGAAAAUGAAGAAAUUGGAAAAUCACUUGGAUUAUUUGAACAAUGUGUUUCAUUAAUGGAUGAAUUUGGAAUGCGAAAACACUCUGCAUGGGUACGCAUGAAAUAUGCAGAUGCCCUCGCAAAUGCUUCACUUGUAGAUAAUUCUAUUCGUGUUUAUCUUGAAACUAUAGACACUAUUAAAUCUAUUGGAUAUGAGAAUGAGAACCUUCAAUUAGCAUGUAUGGGUAUGAUAGUUCCAGUAACAGUGUCUGAAGUAGAAGGUCGUCUAGCUUAUUGUUUUCAAAUACACGUUGGAGAAUAUCGACGGGCAUGUGUGUAUUUUUGUCAAGCUAUACGAAGAUGUGGAGUAGAAAUGAAAUGUCCAUUUAAAACAGCUAAAAGUAAAGGUACAAAAUUUUCUGAGGAAGUUGAUUCUGAAACAUUACGUUGGAUGCUUGAAAACUAUGCUAGUUGUUGUGAACGAGUAGGUAAUAUUGAGAUUGCAGAAGAAGCUCUUGAACAUUGUGUUCGUGUUGAAAAAGCUCUUGGGGGAUCCUGUGCAUCAUCUUUACUACGUCUUGCCCAGUUACAUAGCGCCACCAAUACUAUGAGAGCACUUGAACUCUACUUUCAAAUUCUUGCAUUACCAGAAGAUUCCAUUGAACCUGAUAUAUUACUACAAUCAGCCUAUGGUUUCGCUAGCAUCUGCUACAGUUCUAGAGAUGAAGAGUUGGAGAUAGCUUUACGUAAUGCGGCAAUAACACUUAUGAAUAAAAAUAAAACAAAUCUAUCAUCUAUUACUACGCCAUUGGAUGAUAAAGAUGAAAAAAAUUGUAAUACUAUUAUUAUAGCAUCUUUUAAAAAAUCAGCAAGUAUUAUCAUGGCAGGACAUGUUAUAGAUAAUUUGAGAUCAACAACUGACCGAGAUGGUGAAUUAAAAGCUAUUAUGACAUUGAGUCGAGGUGGAUUUUUUUGUCAACAACGUGGCGAUGAUGCUGGAGCAGAAGAGCUGUAUCGCCUAGCGGUUGAAUAUACACAAGCUGUUCAUGUUACCUCUGACGAAUACGCUCGUGAACUUUCUAUUUUGCUUGCAAAUUAUGCUACAGUAAUGGCACACAAGGAUGUUAAAAUAGCUCAAGAUCUUUAUGAUCAAGCAGUAACUAUUUGUCCUACUGAAGAAAAUGUUUCUACGGCAGCUGCUUCUUUUUUUGUCUUGACAACAAAUUAUAAUGGUGGACGGACAUGUAUUUAUCGUAUGAUUAAUGCUACUACCACUAAUCGUGAGAUGCUUCCUCGAUUGUAUGGAAAACUCGCUUGGCUUGGUGUAGUUUGUUGGGAUGAACUAACCCCAAAUUUGCGUCUUGAAUGUUUACAACACUUACUUCUUGCAUUAGGAAUUAAACCAGAAAAUCUUUCUUUAAUUAUUAUAGAUUGCUGUGGUUCAACUUUAUGGGAUGGUUCUGUUAAUGAAGACUUUAAACGUCAGCUUCUCCGAGGUAUACGCUUAUCACAGGAUGAGGAUACUGUAAGCCUUGCCGGAUAUGUUGCACAAACUAAAUUACAUCAAGAAGGGAAAUUUAUAAAUGCAUGUUAUAAAAUAGCUUUAACUCGAUUUCCGUCAAAUACGACUAUUCUUGUAAAUUAUGCAAAAUUUUGUGCUGAUUAUGAUGCCAUAGACCUUGCCCGAAAGUAUUAUGCAAAAGCGUUUUAUUUAUCUCCUAAUGAUCCUCGAACUAGCGAAUGUUAUGCUGAAUUUUUAGCUUGUUUAAAAAGAAGAGAUCAAGAACGAUAUGUAAUAGCAGGUGAAGGGAUUUUACGACACCAUUUAAAACGUAGCGCUUCUAAUUUAAACAAACCUAUUAAAGCACAAGCAAGUGCACUUUAUGCAAAGUAUUUAGCAUCAUUUUUACCAUCUCCAAAUACCCCUACAUUUUACUUUGAAGAAGCUAUAAAACUUAAUCCAGCAGACGCACGUACUAUUGCUGUGUAUUGUUCUUUCUUAUGGAAUAUUUCUUCCCGUACAGCAGAUGAAGGUAACCUUUAUAAUAUGAAACAGAAUAUAGCUAAAAAAGUGGAACUUUUAUGUAAGAAUGGUUUAAAACUACAUCCAUGUAGUAUUUUACUCUUGACUACAUUAGGUUCUUUAUAUGUUGAACUAGGUGAUCGAUUUGAAGAUGCGGUUAAAGUUUUAGAGCGUGCUCGUGAACACAACCCUCGCAAUGUAACUGUGAAUCGACUGUUAUGCGCCGCAUUUCACUAUGAGUGGAUAAAGGAAGAGAGUAAAAUGACAGCCAUAACCAAUACCCGCUUACAAACCCUAGUGGAAAACACCCGUCAAAUGUAUGAGGUAGCUGCUUCCCUUGAAAACAUUGACCGAUUGACUUUAACUAGAUAUUGCCAUUUUGCCUUGCAUGGUCUUAAGGAUAAAGAAUUGGCCGCCAACAUUGCCCAGCGGUUGGAAAAACGUACAAGAAAAUAA